ACUAGUACUUAAGAGUAUAAGUCCAAAGGCAGGCAUUUUUAAUAUUAGGAGGAAGUCCACCUUCAGGGCGGAUAAAAAGUGUUAGUAUAGUGAAUUAAUUGUAACUAACAAAUUGAGGUUUAAAAGUUUAAAAUUUAAUUUAUUUUAAUGUUUGAGACUGAUUCACUACCGUAUCUUAAUCCUAGUCAAGAUCGUAGAGUGGCAUUAAUUACUGGUGGAAAUAGUGGGGUAGGAUAUUAUACGGUACUUCAUUUGUAUUUACAUGGUUAUAUAGUAUAUAUUGCAGGAAGAAGUAGAUCUCGAGUUUUAAAUUCUAUACGAGAAUUAAAACAAGAUGCAACAGCUAUUAGACUGACUUAUACAUCUCAACAAUCAUCAAGUGAAAGAUUUCUUGGAGAUUUAUUUUAUUUGGAAAUUGAUUUAAGUAGUUUAGCAUCAGUUAUAUCGGCAGUUGAAACAUUUAAAAAUUUAGAAAAUCAUCUUCAUAUACUUAUUAAUAAUGCAGGAGCAAUGGCUUUACCAUAUUCAUUAACUAAUGAUGGAUUUGAUAUACAAAUUCAAACUAAUUUUAUUGCUCCAUUUUUAUUAUCUAUGAAAUUAUUACCUUUAUUAGAAAAGACUGCUGAUGAUUUCCCCUUAAUAUCUCCUCCUAGAAUAAUAUAUUUAAGUUCAGUAGGUCAUCAAUUAUGUUUUCAUUAUUUUAAUAUGAAUUCAACUUUUAAUUAUAAACCAGCAUUCAUAUUUACAUGGUUAAGAUAUGGUUUAGCUAAAACUGCAGGAAUUCAUUUCAUGAAAAUGUUAGCUCUUAGAAAUCCUAAAAUAUUAUGUAUGUCAGUUCAUCCUGGUUAUGUAAUGAAUACUAAUUUAUUCUCAUAUUGGACAAGAUUACCAAUAAUAGGAAUACUAUUUUGGUGUUUAUUUCAAAUCUUUGGAUAUUUUUUUGGAGUUACAAAUGAAGAAGGAGCAAAUGCUAUAGUUAAAUGUUCUCUUAAUCCUAAUUUAACUCUUGAAAAGGAUAAUGGUAAAUAUUUUGCAACUGGUGGUAAUGAAGCUCUACCUUCAAAAGUGGCUCAAAAUAUGGAUUUUGCAGCUCGAACAUGGAUAUGGACAAUUCAUCAAUUAAGUGAGAGAGGUAUAACCAUACCAUCAUAAAAUCAUUGUAUACAAAAGUAUACGAAAUUAAAAUGUAAUGACAAUUAUCAAGUAACGAAGAAAAGUUGAAUAUGAAAAGUCUACUUAAAAUGAUUGCAUUUUCAAAUUGAAAUUGUAUGUAAAAUACUCGUAAUAAUAAUAAUAAUAAUUUAAUUAUAAUAUAAUAAUAACAUAAUGU